AUGGCGUCGAGUAACUUAGAAGGAGAACGGCUGCCUGAGAGGAAAUGCUUACUAUCUGUCUUAAAAAAUACUCCAAGGGAUUUGUCAAACAACAAAAUUCAGCGUCUUCCUGAAGAUGUUCUUGGCAACCUUACUCGGAUGAAAAGGCUCUUUCUCUCCAGUAACAAACUUCAGCGUUUACCAAAGUUCAAAAAUCUCUCCGAGAUAGAAACUUUAUACCUGGAAAACAACAGCCUCGUAACCCUGUCACCGAAUCAGUUCCAAGGCAUGUCCAAAUUGAAAGACCUGGCUGUCUAUGAAAACAAUAUUCAGUACCUGCCACCUGGAGUUUUUGAGGGCUUGAAAACAAUGCAGUCCAUGAGCUUUUCUUCCAACAAAAUCCGCACAGUGAGCAACGAGCAAUUCAAAGAUAUCGCGCUAAGUAUUCGAUUCCUUUACUUCCAUUACAACGAAAUGCGAGAACUACCCGCUGGUUUCUUCUCGAACAUGGAAAAUUUGAUAACAGUGACGGUGGACACCGACCUGAUGUGUUGCCAUUUGACGAAGGAGGACGCAGAUUGCAGCUAUACUUAUAUCGACAUGUCCAGCUUCGCCAGUUGUCAAAAUAUGUUCCGAAAUCAAGCUCCUAGGAUAUGUCUCUGGGUGGUCGGAAUUAUGUCGUUGCUUGGUGCUGUGUUUGUGAUCGUGUGGCGGCUGGUAUUUAAGGAGACAAAGAAGAAAAACAAAAUACAAUCUAUCAUUUUGAUACAUUUGGCCGGGUCUGAUGGGCUGAUGGGUGUCUACCUCAUCAUAAUAGGUGUGAUGGAUGCCAUUUGGGCAGGGCAGUAUUUUUUGCAUGACGGUAACUGGCGUUCAAGUUGGUUAUGUCAGAUAACAGGUGCCAUUGCCGUGUUGUCAAGUGAGGUGUCUGUAAUGACUAUUUGUUUGCUCUCCGCCGACCGGGUUAAGAAUAUUCUGUUCCCCUAUCGUGGAAAGUCCCUUACAAUCAAGGAUACGCAGCUUAUGUGUUACCUUUUCUGGAUUGUUGGUGGGUUAAUUGCAUUUAUUCCCACGGUGGGCAUCAGCUACUUCGGCAGUCGUCAAAAAAGUCACCACUUUUAUGGCAGAUCAGUUGUAUGUCUCCCAUUGCAGCUUUCCGCUGAUAAGCCCUCGGGCUGGGAAUACUCUGUAGCCAUGUUUGUUGGUUUAAAUUUUACCCUUGUAUUUUGUGUCAUUGUGGCCUAUUCCAUGAUUAUCUACAAGUCCUGCACAUCAAACCGGCACCUGGCUCAGCAAGGGACCGAAAGAGAGAGGAGAAUUAAAGCCAAGCAAAGGGCAGCCGAUCUGAGGAGGGAGGCCUCGCUCGCUAAAAGAGUGUUCUUCAUUGUUCUUACCGACUGUGUCUGCUGGCUGCCUAUUGUGGUGAUUGCAUUGAGGUCUCUCUUGGAAAAAUCCUUCCGUACACCUGGUGGCCUGGCAGUUUGGAUCGCAGUCUUUGUUCUGCCAGUUAACUCUGCCAUUAAUCCCAUUCUCUACACUUUAUCAACAAAACAGGUACGACGUAUUCUGAGUCCUAAAUUCCAACAGGUCUUGGGCUAUUUGAUGAAAAAGUGUGGACGAAAUCAAAAAAAUGAAGGUUCUGUUGAGUUAAUUUCUCAGCUUCAGCAGAUGCAACUCGAUGCAAGCAAAGUCAAUGACAAGACAGACCUAAAAACUGAGUUGAAGAAGAUUUCUUCAGACAAGGGCUUCAGAAUUGUCGACAAUGAAGGAUCAGGAAAUUGCAUGUUCUAUGCUUUGUCGGAUCAACUGGAAUUUGCUACGAGAAUCAAAAUCAAGCAUGAAGAAUUAAGAAAAAUAUUGGUCCAAUACCUCAGAAAAAACCCUAAACUACCGAAUGGAACAAAUCUGUUUCACUUCGUCCAUGGACAUCAAUCAUGGGCUGAUUACUUAACGUACAUGGAGCAAGAUGGCGCAUGGGGUGACCAUGUUAUUCUAUGUGCCGCAGCAAACUGCUACAAAACUUGCAUUCGUGUGGUCAGCAGUCUUAACGCUUCUCACGAUGUUAUCUUACGGCCACAAUGCCCUGUUGACAAAGGCAGGACACUUGUGUUGGGACACGUCCCUGAAGCACACUAUGUCAGCCUUUACUCCACGCAAGUACAAAAUCUAGAAGAAAUGGGGAGCGCUGUUGAUAGUGAGGACGAGUUGCAGGAAGAACGGGUAGAGAGGGAACAACAUGCAGGAUCAGGCGAAGAAAACGAGGAACCCACUGAACCCCAGCAAGUUGAGCCUGAACAAGACGAAGAACCAAAACAAGGCCAAGACGAACUUACUGGACAGCAGCAAGUUAAAAGA